AUGAUAACGACGAGGGAGAGCAGCAGGCCCGUAAGAUGUGCCACGCACGGAACCGGAACCGACUCCAACCGACAGUGCACCUACAACGCGGAGCGGGUGAUUGGCAACGGAACCUUUGGCAUCGUGUACUCCGCUCAUAUCGUGGAGACCAACGAGACAGUCGCCAUCAAGAAGGUCUUCGUCGACCGAAGGUACAGGAAUCGAGAGCUGCAGGUUUGGCGCGAAAUGCACCAUCCAAACAUCGUCACCCUGAAGCAUGCCUUCUACACCUCCGGCGACUCUCCAGACGAGCUGUACCUGAACAUGGUCAUGGAGUACGUCCCGGAGACUGUCUACUGCGUCAUGAAGCGCUUCGGUACCUUAUCUCUUGCUUUGGAGUGCCAGGUGGUGAUCUGGUGGCAGUAG